UUGGUUUGGAUGAAAUGGGACCCUCUAUUUACAUCGGUGUCAGAAGUGGCGCUCAAAAGUCUAUUGUAGCAAUGUUAGAUACAACGGAUAAUGUCAAUAUGCAGUUGGUGUCGCUUCCGUUCUCAACUGAAUGGGUCGACGUUCGAUUUACUUACGAUGGUUCAAAGGUUAAACUUCAAAUUAACGAGGUCAUGGCAGAGUUUCCACGAACAGGCCAAAUAACUCGACGCCAGCCUCCGUUAGUGUUUGGAAUCCCGGCUAUGAUUGGUGAUGUAAGAUUAAUCGGAGAUUUAGAUAAUUUCAAGAUGGCCAACUGUUUCAUGAGUAUUGGAAAUGAUCCAACAUUAGUCGUGCCAGCCGUUCUUGAAUCUGCACCGGUCGGUGAUGUAACCUCCCCCGUCACAUCACCAAUAACAUCUCCGGUAACCUCACCCGUAACAUCUCCAACAACCUCUCUGGUUACAUCACCAACAACAUCGGCCGUUACAUCACCAAUAGCAUCCGCAACAACCUCCCCCUUUACGUCACCCGUAACAUCUCCAACAACCUCCCCCAUUACAUCACCUGUAACAUCUCCAACAACCUCUCCCGUUACAUCGCCCGUAACAUCUCCAACAACCUCUCCCGUUACAUCACCUGUCACAUCUCCAACAACUUCCCCCGUUACAUCACCUGUCACAUCUCCAACAACCUCACCCGUUACAUCACCCGUAACUUCUCGAACAACGUCCCCUGUUACAUCACCCGUAACUUCUCCAACAACCUCCCCCGUUACAUCACCUGUAACAUCUCCAACAACCUCCCCCGUUACAUCGCCCUUAACAUCUCCAACAACCUCCCCCGUUACAUCGCCCGUAACAUCUCCAACAACUUCCCCCGUCACAUCGCCCGUAACUUCUCCAACAACUUCCCCCGUUACAUCACCCGUAACAUCUCCAACAACUUCCCUCGUCACAUCGCCCGUAACAUCUCCAACAACUUCCCCCGUUACAUCACCCGUAACAUCUCCAACAACCUCACCCGUUACAUCACCCGUAACUUCUCCAACAACUUCCCCUGUUACAUCACCAGAAAUAUCUCCAACAACCUCCCCUGUUACAUCACCAGUAACAUCUCCAACGACCUCCCCCGUUACAUCACCAGUAACAUCUCCAACAACCUCACCCGUAACAUCUCCAAUAACAUCCCAAACUACUUCUAAGAUGACUUCGCCUACCACGCCUCAAGUUAGCGUCGAACUUACUCAAGUUCAGGAAAUAGCUCCAAUUAUGUGUAACAGUGUUAGUGUUUCAAAUCUCCCGGUAAUGAUGCGGGCACCUAACAAAUGCAAUAUGUAUAUCGAAUGUAUUAUGGUAAACGGUGUCCGCCAGUCGAUUGCCAGGGAAUGUGCAGCAGGUCAAUUUUGGGAUAUCGACUCGCAGUCCUGUAAACUUGCUGAUAAUGUAGUGUGCUUAUACGAUCCCUGUAGAGUAGCUCCAGCAGGUUCUGCCUUCCCGGUAGGAUCAAGUUGUACAAGUUAUUAUAAAUGUAAGAAUGGUCGAUCUCUCGUAUCGUGUUGUGAUCAAGCUGAACAGUUUACUGGAAUGACCUGCCAACCCGACCCAACUGAUAUAUGUAGCGAUACUUGUAUAAUUACUACUAAUCCGCAGAUAGGUGCAUUGGGCAUGACAGAUGAAGAGUUGUGUGAAGGGUGCGUUAUAUUUGACGGCUAUGGCUAUAACCCCUUCCCGGGUGAUUGUAACAUGUUUGUUCAGUGUGCUCCACAGGGUACAGGAUUCCGAGCAUUUACAAUGAAUUGCCAAGUAGGAUUCUUCUGGUCUCAGGCAACACAUUCAUGUGCUCCAGCUAAUCAGAUUCAAUGUAACAAUGACAGAUGUAAAACGCUUGGUGAUGGAUCUCAGCACUAUAUGACGGGUAGCUGUAGAAGUUUCUACCAAUGUGUUCAAGAGAAGAGUAUACCUAGCUGCUGUAACGCUGGGUUUGAAUUUAUAACUGAUUCAUGUGUUCACGAUGCAGACAAUAGCUGCACUGAUAAGUGUGUAACUGAUGUUGAUACAACACCACAAUGGAGAAAUCCGUGUACAUACCAGAAAGGUAUUGUUGGCGAUAAUACUGUCUUUGAACAGCUACAAGAUACUGGUAACUGGAUACAGCUGACGUGUCCUGGUGUUAGUUGGUUCAACCCAGCUUCCUGUUCUUGUACAUCUACACCCAUUAUCAUAGCUCCCACAGUUACGGGGUGUCAGGCGACAGCUGAUUUUCCAUUCAAUAAUGACUUACUGGAUCGAUCGCCUUCAAGACUGCAAGCUCUGAAUACGGCAAACCAUGUAAACGCAGGCCCCGAUGGUUAUAUAAGUUUUGAUACUGACAACAGAAUGGUCAUGUGGCAUUUCGCAGACUUCCCCUUUAGACAAGCUGUUGAAAUAAGAUUGCGAUUCCGUUUAGCGUCUUCAGCAGAUAAUGGAAAGAGAUAUACUAUUAUUGCUAAUUGUUUGUCUCUGUGUGAAGAUGGUCGAGGACCCGGUGUUUAUUUAGGUAUUCAGACGGGUGUCACUGAUGAAAUCAUCGGUAUGGUGGACACAACAGACAAUAAUAAAUUACAAGAACUCCGUUUACCUUAUAAAGGUGGAUGGGUUGAUCUGUUACUGAGAUAUGAUGGUAUAAAAGUUCGAUUAGAAGUGGACGGGGAAUCCGUAGAAGCGCCCCGAAUUGGUGAUAUUUCUAAACGACAAACAGCUCUGUUACUUGGACGUUUUGCUAUACCGGGUGAUUCUAAUCUUAUCGGUGAUGUAGAUGAUCUACAAGUGUUUACCUGCUUACCAUGAAUCUGAAUUUAGUGAAAUUUAUAUCCGGUUGAUACAGAACCUUUUUGAACAAAAGAAAUUCUAACUUUUUCCCCUGUGGAAUUGCUUGUUUUAUUUUCUGUUAACUAAUGC